AUGAUUUACUCUUCUGGAAGGGAAUCCUACUUCAACAGGAACUCCACCUGGUAUGACCCUGCGGGCUCCUGGCUGGACACCCGGCGCACCCCCUUCACCUAUGCUUAUAGCACCUGCUGCAGCAGUGGCUGUGGGCCAAGGGGAGGCCAUGAUAACCGAUGCUACGAGUAUCGACGAUCGGGCUGUGCUGAGAAUUGCCACGGGUCAUCAGGGUCGUGCCAUGGCAGUGGAGGCCACUGCUGUGUCAGGAGGCCAUCGUACUUCCAUGGAUCCUCCGGAGGAUGCCACGGCCAUGGGUGGUCGGUCUGUUCUGAGCGGUCCUGCCACAGUUCUGGAUCGUCGUGCCACGGUUCUGGAUCGUCGUGCCACGGUUCUGGAUCGUCGUGCCACGGUACCUCUGGAGCAUGCCACAGUGCACCAAUUUAUGUGAAGCCAAAACAACAUGUGCAACAGUGCUGUCCUCCAGUGCAGAAUGAAAAAGUGCUGAAUACCGAGGCAAAGUGUCUUCCAAGUCAACAGCUGCAAAAUCAAGUCUGCAAAAUUCCAUCACGGCAGCUGAAGUGACAGCAACAAGUUACAACAAUGAAUCUCCUGCUCUCAUGACGUUGCCUUACAUUUAUACAGCUUGGCAUGAUCUGUUUCAUUCACAAAUUGCACUCUCUCUAUUGUUUUUAGUAUUAUAAUCAAUUAAUGCUUGUAAUGCGCUUUGAAGAGUUAACCCACUGUAUAAGUGUGAAAUCUUAUCAUUAAGGGCUGUUUCUGCUGGAUCGUUUAUAUUCUUGGGCUAUGCAGCAUGAAAUAUUUUCUGCUGGGA